UUUUCAUAUAAAAAUCAAUAACAAAAUCUGAGAUUGGAUAAUUGUGAUUUUAUUUCAUUUCAUUUUGGUUGAUAUAUCCCCGAAAAUAAAACAUGUAUAAAAAACUUCAAGUUUUUACCAAGACAUCGAAUUUUCGUCAAGCAAUCAAAUUGGUUGAAUGUCCAUUGGUUAAACCACAAGAUGAAGAAGUUCGUGUGAAAAAUAUUUUUGCUGGUGUGAAUGCAACCGAUAUUAAUAUAACGGCUGCUCGUUAUUUUACUGAUGGCAAACUUCCAUUCGAUAUUGGACUUGAAGCAUUGGGUGUUGUCGAUGAAAUUGGAUCGAAUGUAACGACAUUUAAAAAAGGACAACCAGUUUUGGCAUUAACAUCAAGCGGAUUUUCCGAAUAUGUUUAUUCUUCGCCAAAAAAUCUGGUUCCAUUACCAGAACUUAAACCAAAUUAUCUGGUUACAUAUGUCAAUGGAUUAACAGCUACGAUUGGAUUGGAUAAAGCUGGUCAUGUAAAAGCUGGUGAUAAAGUUUUUGUUACAGCUGCAGCUGGUGGUACUGGACAAAUUGUUGUACAAUGGGCUAAACAUCGUGGUGCAUAUGUUAUCGCUAUGACAUCAUCCGAAAAGAAAGCUGAAUAUUUGAAACAAUUGGGUGCUGAUUUUAUUAUCAAUUAUAAAACUGAUAAUAUUGAUCAAGUUUUAACUGAAAAAUUUCCCGAUGGUAUUGAUGUUGUUUGGGAAACAGUCGGUGGUGAAAUAUAUAGUACAUUAUUCAAACAUUUAGCCAUUAGAGGUCGAAUGGUUGUGAUUGGUAGUAUCACUAAUUAUAGUAGUGAACAGAGUCAUGGUUUUGGUGAUGUUCCGAUUUCCAAUUUUCAAACUAAAAUUCUUAUGCGAUCACUUUCAGUUACCGGUUUUAUGUUGCUGAAUUAUCAUGAUUGUUUCCCAGAAUAUUUUGGCCAAUUAAUUUCUAAAGUACAUAAAGGUGAGAUUAAAGCAGUGGUUGAUCUUGGUGAACAAACUUCGGAUGGUAAAUUUUUCGGUCUAGAACAAGUAGCUCGUGCUGAAGAGUAUUUACAUGGUGGAAAGAAUCUUGGCAAAGUGGUCGUUCAAAUUCAGGAACCAUAAAUCAUCAACAAUUUGUUUUAACCUUGAUUGAAUAUUUUUCCAAAGAAAAAAUACUUUUUCCUUUAAAAAUAAAAUUUUCCAGAAAUUUAGAAA